CUCGUUCAAUCGCUUUCUCUCUUUCUCUCUCUCCUUCUCACUAGCUCACUCGAUCUCUCACUGUUUCUCUCCACCCUCCCAGGGGAUUUUAAAAAUGCAGUAUUUGAAUUUUGUGAGUGGUAAAGCCUCUGCCCUAGGACCCAUUUGACAAAUGAGAAGCCGUGCAGCAUCAACACCAGCCGACUGAGCAUCAGUGAGUCAAUCUGUGUGCUAGUCAGCAAGCUCCUGUUGGGAAACGCCAAGCUCCCUCUCUUCACUGUCAUUGAGGAAGUUACACUGACUCUUCAUUAAGCUGCAGGCUUUGGUUAAAUCCCUUGUUUUUGUAUUCUAUCCAGUUUAAGCGGUUUCCGUUUUAAUUUGCCUAGUUGCCUUAGCUGACAAAUGAACGCACGUUUUCAGCAGUAGGAUAGCAAAGGGGGAAGAAGGACUUUUCAACUAUAAGAAUAACCACAGCUAAAAGACGAUUUAAAACCUGCUGACAAGACAGGACAAACGUGCUUGCAUGCUAGCCCCUUCACUUGUUCUACGUCGACUCCAGAGCAACACCAUGCAGCAUCCUCUGACGGGUGCAACCUGUGUGGCACUGCCGAAUGUGGGCAUGUGUCCACAGCUCUCUUGUGCCUUGACUUUUAUGUACUUGCAGCAGGGUAAUCAGGAAGCUACAGCACCUCCUGACACAAUGGCUCAACCUUAUGCCUCUGCUCAGUUUGCCGCAACCCAAAAUGGUAUUCCAGCAGAAUAUACAACUCCACAUCCCCACCCGGCUCCAGACUAUACAGGACAGUCCACAGUUCCAGAGCAUACAUUAAGUAUGUACCCUUCGGUGCAGACACACUCUGAACAGGGUGUCACGGAUACAAAUGCACAAACUGUCUCUGGCACAGCUACACAAACAGAUGACUCAGCACAGACUGAUGGCCAACAACAGACACAGUCUUCUGAAAACACAGAAAACAAAACACAGCCGAAGAGACUCCAUGUUUCAAAUAUUCCUUUCAGGUUUAGAGAUCCAGAUCUUAGACAAAUGUUUGGACAAUUUGGUAAAAUCUUAGAUGUUGAAAUAAUUUUUAACGAGCGGGGGUCAAAGGGAUUUGGUUUUGUAACUUUUGAAAACAGUGCUGAUGCAGACCGGGCGAGGGAGAAAUUGCAUGGCACAGUGGUAGAAGGCCGUAAGAUAGAGGUUAAUAAUGCUACAGCACGUGUGAUGACAAAUAAAAAGACUUUGAAUCCAUACACAAAUGGGUGGAAGUUAAAUCCUGUUGUCGGUGCAGUUUACAGUCCUGAAUUCUAUGCAGAUACCUAUGCAGAGGCCUCAGCAACUCUUGAACAGUUUGGGAUUCGAGCCUCUUUGGACCAGUUUCUCCGUGGACCCUCGGCAGGACUCUUGGUACCUGGCUUUCCUUAUCCUGCUGCAACAGCUGCUGCUGCUUAUAGAGGUGCACACCUUAGAGGUAGAGGCCGUACAGUCUAUAACACAUUUCGUGCAGCAGCACCUCCUCCCCCUAUUCCAGCUUAUGGCGGUGUUGUUUAUCAGGAUGGAUUUUAUGGUGCAGACAUUUAUGGUGGUUAUGCAGCCUAUCGAUAUGCUCAGCCUGCGACGGCUACUGCAGCUGCCUACAGUGACAGAAAUCAAUUCGUCUUCGUUGCAGCAGAUGAAAUUUCUUGUAACUCCUCUUCAGUUACGGACGAGUUUAUGCUACCGACCCCUACCACCACACACUUGCUCCAACAGCCACCUACGGCGUUGGUGCCAUGAAUGCUUUUGCACCCUUCACUGAUGCCAAGACUAGGAGCCAUGCUGAUGAUGUCGGUCUCGUUCUUUCUUCAUUACAGGCUAGUAUAUACCGAGGGGGAUACAGCCGUUUUGCUCCAUACUAAAUGACAAAACCAUAAAACUCUUCCAGUGUGGGGGAAAAAAGAAGCUUUCCGAGGCCUGGGUAUUGCAAUACAUGCAGUAGUGCAUCAUUUUAGCAACUCUAAAUAACUAAACAAAACUCAAAAAGAGAAACAUUACAUUUUUUAUCUUAUACCUCAGAUAUUUUGUUCUGUGUAUUUUAAUAUUGUGGGUCUUUAAUUUAUGAAGGUUCUGUAGUUGAUUGUUGGCUGUAGAUUUUUUUGUGGUUGACCUAGAGAUCUACUACUGUAGAUAUGAAUAAAAAUAUUUUAAGGCCACAAUCAAGGGUGUAAACCAAUUAUAUAUGCGGAAUAUUAAGCUACUGGAAUUAUCACAUUUUGCAAGCGUGUAAGUGACUAUAGUAGUCAUAUCUUUAAUUACAUGUAACUCAGUUUAUUAGGGAGGGCUAAAAUGCUGAUACAUCAAAGCAAAAAGGUUGCCACUGCACUAAAACUCAUUCAGUGACUGUCCUAAAUUAUUUAUUUAUUGUCCAGAGCCAAAGGUUGUGUUAAAUUUGUGAUUCUGAUUCUUUGUAUAUACAACCUGAUGAAAUACUAUUGUAGCGUACCCCUUUUUAAGUAUUCCAUCAGAUAGUAUUCAGCUAUUACAAUCACAAUCUUCAUGUAUAAAAGUUUAAAAAAAGAAAAGCAAAAACAUUUUAAAUGUAUGAAAAUACAAAAAAAAUAAAAAGAACAAAAAAAAAAUGAAAAAAAGCUAGGUAGGUCAUUUACAUUCUUUUUAUAUUUCUUCCAAUAUAUUAAAUUAUUGAUAUCAUUGCUGAUUUUUAUAACGUGGGAGGGGGAAUGUUAUUAAAAAGAUUAAAAAAGCACUGUUUCUACUUUUUCUUUUUUUUGAAAGUUGUAAAAGGAAAGUAAUUAAAAAAAAAUCAAUUGUUUGUACCAGUAAAAAUUUACAUCUGUGCAGUGGAGUUGUUAAGUUCUAAAAAGUAAAAAAAAAAAUAUGCAGCCUAUAAUGCUUUAGUUUUAGCCUAGUAGAACAUCUAAUAGAGAAAAGUAUCAUUUUUAUGGAAUUACAUAUUAAAUAUAUUGAGAUUUAUAUAAACAUUUUACAAGUAUUGCAAUCAUUAAGUAGAGAUAAUCAAGGUAUUUUCAACUGCUUGGUAUUUUUUUGAAAACAUUAUAUUGUGUAAGCAAUCUGCAAUUUUUCAGUUUGACAGAGUUCUUCUACUCCUGUUUACGUUUUAAUUAGGAGAGAGACUUGAAUUACUGUAUGUCAGUUAAUUACAAAAGAAUUGACAAACAGGAGACAAUGUUUAUUAUUGCUAAUGCUAAGCAGUCCUGUUAGGAUCCAUGUUUUCUAGACUAUAUGGAUUAUAUCUCUGUAUAGUGAAAUUAUAUAGCUAAUAAACCACCAUCUUCCAUAAUCCAUUUUUCACACUGGGAAACAAUUUAUGUGUUUAUCUUAAAUGUAUCUUAUUUUUUUUAAGUUAUUGGUAGUUUACUGUAAAAAAAUCUUUAGUGCAAAUAUGUAUAAUAGGACAUUUUACCAAAAUGUUAAUUCAGUAUAUAUUAGACCAUUCUUUAAUUUAAUUGCAGAAUUAUUAAACUUUUAUUUUAUUGUUUUGUGUAUUGGGAAACACUGUCCAUUUUUCAGAUUUGUAAAAUCAGUCAUCACAUAAAACACUCAUUUGUGGUCAAGAUGCAUGUAUAUCUUGUGAUUUAUGAAGAGAAUUCCAUAAAGCAAAAUAAAAUUAUAUGUUUACAGUCAAUGGUAUUCCAUAAUAAAAUAAAAAUAAAUAAAAAGAGCAAACAACACCCGUGAUAACUUGCUGUCAUAUAUGAUGAAUGUUAUCCUGUAUUUUUAUAAUUAAUAAGUGGCCUAAUACUAGCAAUCACCAAAUUCUUAUAUAUAUCAAGAAUGGAUAUUUUGAGCCAAACAUAUUAACAAACAAAAUAUUCUGUUUGAAUAUUUCACAAGAGACCAUUGUAUGAUACUUAGGAAACCAACAUAUCAGUAAUGUAUUAACCAAUAUGCAAAUUAAUAUCCCACUUUAUUGAUAUGAUUGGUUGUUAUUAAGUAUGAUAUAUGCAAAACAAGUUUGUUUUUCUAAACAGGAACCAAACCAGUGGUACAACACAUAGAGGACACAUGUCUACUUCUUUACUUUUGCAAACAUAAAUCUUGAAUGUUGGACAAAUCUUGAGAAACAUAAAUCUAAAAACAUGUUUGAGGAAAAAUGUACUGCUAAGUCUAAAAAACACCUACACAGAGCAGAGAUGGUUCAAUAAAUUACGAGUAGCUGGUAUGUGUGUUAAAGAUAAGGAUACAAUUCCUUUUGUCAAGAUACUGAAAAAUUGCAGUUUGUCUGUGCAUUUGUGUAGAUUCUUUACAUGGUGUCCUGUUUAUGAACUAACCAGAGCAAUGGUGGUCAUGAAAGGGUUUGUUCUUGUAUUUGUACAAAUUAAUAAAAAAAAUAACAAAAAUAUAUUGAGAUGGGAGGUAAGGACUAAACCUGGGUAUGAAGCCCUUUACAUUUUUUAAUUGCAAAUAAUAUCUUCAUAUGUACUGUGCCGGUCCAGAGAGACCAUCACUGUCUUCAAUUUUUAACUCACUGCUGUGACUCUACCAACUUGCUAUAAACUGCUUCAGAUACAAGUGUUUGUGACCAGAUUUUCUCUUUGUCAUCAUAUGUGCAUGCAAGUAUGAUCAGUUGAACAUACAUCAAUAAAGAUCCACAAAACAUGAGAUGUUUUCAGUACUGUUUCUAAGUAUAGAGAGUAUCUUAUACUGUAUGUUAAAAAAUAUAAAAAAAAAAAGGUACAAACAGAUAAGAUAUAACUUACUGUACUGUGUGUCUUAUUUUCAGUAAAAAAGGGAUAUUCCCUUCAGUAUAUUUAAACUAUAUGCAAAUCCAAUUUAAAAUGUACUGUAACACUGGGGAAAAAGAAAGACAAUAUUUUUUUAAUUGAUCGGCAUCACCUCUUAAAUCAACAGUGGGGGUUUGCAUCGUUUUUUAAGACAUCUCAUACAGAUAGUGAUUUUAAUCAAAUUUAUUUAACACAUGUGAUGUGACUGAGUGGUAUAUUUAUUCUCAAUAAGAAAGGCAGAUAAAUUAUAUAAUGAUAUUAGUUGGGAGAAAAAAAAGGUAUCCAUGUGUCCCUGACUGAAUCUUCCAUUUAUUAUAAAAUAAUUAAAUGUGUUUGUCUGAAAUAGCUUUAUUUGUGUUUUUUUUUUUAAUAAUAUAUAUUUGGAAUGUUUUCAUGUAUGUAAAUAUUCACUGAAAAUAUAAAAUAUGAAAUAAAUUAUAAAAUGCCAUGUGUGGAUUAUAGUGACUUCAAAAACAAAUUAUCAAAAAAUCUGCAAACUCAGAAAAUGCAUAUAUCUGUCUUUAGAAAUGAGUGUUUAUAUCACUACAGUGGUUUGUAAUAUGAAAAAAUAAAAGCUUAGUCUUAAAAUGUA